AUGAUCAUGGUUGUUCCGCGAAAUGUGAGUGUUUUACGAGAGAAUGCUGUACCGACCAAAUUUACUUUCUUUUUCUUUUUUCUUUCUUUUCCAUUUUUUCUUUCUUUUUCAUUUUUUUUUUUUUCAUUUUUUCUUUCUGUUAUUUCUUUCAUUUACUGUUUCUUUUUCUUUUUUUACUUUUUUUAUCCUACAUUUUUCUUUCUGUUUUUUUCUUUUUUGUGUAUUUUCUAUCUUUUUCUUUUAAAUUUUUUACUUUCUUUUUCUUUCUUUUUCCAUAUUUUUCUUUCUUUUUCUUUUUCUUUCUUUUUUCUUUCUUUUGUUCUUUCUUUAUUCUUUAGUUUUCUUUUUAUUUCUGUUUUUCUUUCAUUUUUCUUGAUUUUAUUCUUUCUUUUUUCCUUCUUUUUUCUUUUUCUAUCUUAUUUUUUACUUACAUUUUUCUUGCUUUUAUUCUUUCUUUUUCUUUCAUUUUCCUUUUUCUUUCUUAUUUGUUUUUCUUUCAUUUUCUUCACUUUUUCUUGCUUUUAUUCUUUCUUUUCUUUUUCUUUUGCCUUUCUUUUUCCUUUCUGUUUUUUCUUUCAUUAUUCUUUCAUUUUUUUUCUUGCUGUUAUUAUUUCUUUUUCAUUUUUCUUUCUUUUCCUUUUUCUUUCUUUUUCGUUCUUUUUCCUUUUUUAUUUCUGUUUUUUUUUAUUUUCUUUCAUUGUUUUCUUGCUUUUAUUCUUUGUUUUUUCUUUCUUUUUCCUUUUUUCUUUCAUUUUCCUUGUAUUUAUUUUUUAUUUCUGUUUUUUCUUUCAUUUUUUUCAUUUUUUUUCUUGCUUUUAUUCUUUCUUUUUUUUCUUUCUUUUUACUUUUGUUUUUUCCUUUUUAUUUUUGUUUUUUCUUUCAUUUUUCUUGUUUUUAUUCUUUCUGGUUUUUUUUUUUUUUGUUUCGUUUUCCUUCUUUUUUUUUCCCCUUUUUUAUUUCUGUUUUUCUUUCAUUUUUCUUUCUGAUUUUUCUUUCAUUUUUCUUGUUUUUAUUCUUUUUUCUUUCUUUUGCCUUUUUUCUUUCAUUUUUUCUUUUUGUUUUUACUUUCAUUUUUCUUUAUUUCUUUUUUCUUUCUUUCUUUUUUUUUUGGGGGGGGGUAACACAGAUUGUUAA